GUAAGUUCAAACACUUUGUUAUACAGCUACUGGUGUGGGAACGAGGAAAGCAAAGAAGUUUACUUUCUGCUCACUCGAAAAUAACAAGACAAGUUUCGUUAAGUUCGUGCAAAAAGAGGCCCUUGUUAAAUUGUCCCCCUUCACGUUUAAAGUGAGUAAUGAGGAGCGACAAAACUAUUUCCCCAAAUAUUUGCUUACAACCAGAAGACACCCAUGGAUACAGGCGACGGAAGGAGACGAACGAUUAAAAGUAUGCGACCAUGCAGGAGAAUUGUACAGAAUGCUAGGAUGAAACGGGAACUGGGUAAAGUUUUAAGGUCGUUGACUGGGGGGAGCACGGAGGUCAACGAAGUCCCCAUGGAAGAGGACUGUUACCGUGUGGAAUAUUUCAAAAACGAGAAAUGGGAACAGAAGGUAAUGGCACCCCGCUACAGUUUGCUACGAGAGGUUGGAAGGGGCAGCUAUGGUGUGGUGUACGAGGCAAUCGCACGUAGGACUGGAGCAACCGUGGCGGUGAAGAAGCUGCGCUGCGACGCUCCCGAAAAUGUCGAGCUUGCUCUCGCGGAGUUCUGGGCCCUUGCGAGUCUGGAGAAGCGACACGAGAAUGUGGUUCAGCUGGAGGAAUGCGUCUUGCAAAGGAACGGCAUGGCCCAGAAAAUGAGCCACGGGAACAAGCGAUCCAAGCAAUACUUGCGACUGGUGGAGACUUCACUGAAAGGCGAGCGGAUCCUGGGCCACACCGAGGAGCCCUGCUACCUGUGGUUCGUGAUGGAGUUCUGCGAGGGCGGCGACCUCAACCAGUUCAUCCUGUCGCGGCGGCCGGACCCGCGGACCAACCGGAGCUUCAUGCUGCAGCUGACCAGCGCCGUGGCCUUCCUGCACAAGAACAACAUCGUGCACCGCGACCUCAAGCCCGACAACAUCCUCAUCUCCGAGAAGUCGGGCUCGCCCGUGCUCAAGGUGGCCGACUUCGGGCUGAGCAAGGUGUGCGCCGGGCUGGGGGGGCCGGCGGGGGGGGAGGGCGGGGAGGAGCGCGGCGGCGGGGGCGGCGGCGGGGGGGGCGGUGGCGGCGGCCGACGCCCCAUCAACGUCAACAAGUACUGGCUGUCGUCGGCGUGCGGCUCGGACUUCUACAUGGCGCCCGAGGUGUGGGAGGGCCACUACACGGCCAAGGCGGACAUCUUCGCCCUGGGCAUCAUCAUCUGGGCCAUGCUGGAGCGCAUCACCUUCAUCGACGCCGAGUCCAAGCGCGAGCUCCUGGGCACGUACGUGCGGCAGGGCGCCGACAUCGUGCCGGUGGGCGAGGCGCUCCUGGAGAACCCCAAGAUGGUGCUGCACAUCCCGCAGCGGCGGCGCAGCGCCAUGUCGGACGGCGUCUGCCGGCUGCUGCAGGACAUGCUGGCCGUCAACCCGCAGGACCGGCCCGACGCCUUCCAGCUGGAGGUGCGCAUGGACCGGGUCACCUGCGCCGCCUGACCCCCAGCCCCCGCCCCUCCCCCCGCCCC